UACACUCAAUCGAACCAUGUUAUUGAUGACACAAACGAAGAGCAUUGAACAUGCAUCUAUUGUUUUUGUGUGUAAAAAUAGGUACAGUCGAUUGCUGCGCAUAACAGUAUUAGACGCCAACUUGAAUUGAUUGAAAAUUUAUUCCCUUCAGCAGAUCAUUAAUACAAAUAAAAUAUGAACAGUUGUGAGCCACUGGUGUCAGUGGAAUUUGAAGUUUUUGGUAAAGUACAAGGAGUUUCCUUCACCAAAUACUGCAAAGAAAUGUGUGAAGAACUCAAUUUGGGAGGAUGGGUGAAGAAUACCAAAAAAGGUACAAUUCAGGGAAAAUUGCAAGGAUAUAGGUCGAACAUUGAAAACAUGGUUACGUGGCUGUCAACCACAGGUUCGCCAGGAAGCAAAAUAGAUCACUGUGAACUUGCAAACUGGCAAAACCUUGCAAAGCCCGAUUACCAAGGAUUCCAAAUUAGAUUUUAAGAUAAAAAUACUCAAAGGUUAUGAGAUGUUGACUUGCAAACUUAUUUAUUACAGGAGAAACAAUAAAUUAUGGACCAAGAGUUA